AGGAAGCUCGAGAGCUGCACUUCAAACCUCGCUUUCGUCCUUUGGGCCGAAUCGGGAAGAGCGCUGUAGCUGCAGAAAUGGCUGCGCCAAGUGUCAUGCCUGGAUUUUUCCCUGCAACAUCGGUGUAUGCUGCCCUUGCCUUCCAAGCAGCUGGAGGAAUGCCAAGGAUUGGCUUCACUUGGUUUUGAUCUUUGGUGUCCUGUCCUCUGUGGUUUUCAUCAUAUUGCAGAUAGUGGAGAUCGCCUUCCAGGACCAGUGCCAGACUCCUCUUUGCGUGGGGCAGAUGGUCUCUGCCUUGGUGAUCCUUCCGAGUCUGUACGACUUCUUCAAGUUCAUCGGAACAUACGACGAGUCCUUGCAGGAGCACAAGCAGAGGGCGGAAGACGAAGUCCACGGACUGAUCGAAAGUAUCAAUCAGCAGGUGGCCGAAAUGCAGGAGGUCGCUGCCAAAUUGACGGAGAGCGUCACAGACUUUGCUUUCCGUUCCUUUGACACUAGCCGGGAAGGUUUCGAAAAAUUCAUCCUGGAUUUGAAACUCUACUACAGCGAGCUCUAUGUUCAAAAAGAGAUGCUGCAGGAGCUGCGGUGCUUCAUGCUGAAGUGGCUUGCCGUGUUCUCCCAGUCCCUGCUGGAUGCGGAGACAAAUCCAUUGCUUCAGGGCUUGGAGGAGGAGCUCAAGAGAUGCAGCACGCUUGAUGAGCUGUGUGAAAAGGUGACAGGGCGCUUGAGCAGGCUCAAGGUUUCAACACGCAUGGUCAUGGCCCCUGCAGAGUCCUACGUGCUGCCAAAUCGAGCCAUUGAGGAUGUGGAGACUGCAUCAGUAGCUUCUUGGUCCCAGACCUCGCAGGCUUCCCAGACCUCCCAGG